CUCUAUUACAUGAAUAAAGGGAUGAACAUGAUACCAUCAAAUGCACUAGAGGAUGGAAACUCAGGCCUCGGUUCCUUGGGAGAUGGUGAACGGCAAAAAAGGAAAGAUGAUAGUACUGGGCCAGACCAAGGUGAUUUCAAGAUAGAAUCCUCUCCUUGCUACCUGUUGACUGUAAGGAUCAUCCGGAUGAGAAAUCUCCAGCGAGUGGAUGCCUUAAGCCAGGCUGAUUGCUACGUGUCCUUGUGGCUGCCAACUGCGACGUGUGAAAGGUCACGCACUAAAACCGUGAGAAACUCUGACAAUCCAGUGUGGAACGAAACCUUCUACUUCAGAAUCCAGAGUCAGGUCAAGAACGUGCUGGAGAUCACAGUAUAUGAUGAGGAUUUUGCUACUCCAGAUGACCAUCUCCUCUGUGCACUCUUUGAUACUGCUAAACUUACACUUGAAAAAACAGUGAUCCUGUGCUUCAGGCCUAGCCCAAAUGCCAAGGAGGAACUAGAGGUUGAAUUCAAAUUGGAGGUUGCAUCCGGUCCUCAUGAAACUAUUGCUAGCAAUGGAGUGCUGGUGUGUCGGGAACUUUGCUGCUUGGAAGUUGAAGUAGCAGAGAAGACGAAGCAAAAAUCAAAGAAAGAGCUUUCCCUCACUGUGAAGGGCUCCUUUGAGGGAACGCAGGAUAUCGUGCUGGGCCCCAAUGGAGUUGUCAGCCCAUCGUGUCCCACCGAGUUCCACUACAUCAAGUAUGCGGAGCCAACACUGGAUGUCAUGCUGCCAAAGAAGAGGCGCUACCACCCUUGGUCCUGUAGGUACAGUACAGAGACAGGCUCCCCAGUCGUGAUGCUGAACUCACUGCCCAUGGGAAGGAAAACAACCAUUGCAGAGGAGAAAAGAUUUGACUUGAAUGUGACAGCAAAAGCUUGUAAUUGUUCCUGCCACCAGGACCUGGACAUGCGCUUUGGGUUCAGCUUAUGUUCGGAAGAGAUGGCUUUCCUGGGGAAAAGAAAGAGAUACGUAGCAAGUGCUCUCAAAAAUGUUUUUCACCUACCACACGAUCUGCAGGAUCAAGAAGUCCCCGUUGUGGCUAUCAUCACGACGGGUGGAGGACUGAAGUCAAUGACAGGAUUGUAUGGCAGCCUCAUGGGACUCAAGAAGUUAAAUCUCCUGGACUGUAUAACGUACAUCAGCGGGCUGUCUGGCACCACAUGGACCAUGGCCAACUUAUACAGAGAUGCCUACUGGUCACAGAAAGACCUGGACUCACAUAUUGGUGAAGCCCAAAAACAAGCAACAAAAUGCAAGAUGGGCUGUUUCUCUAUGGAUCGCAUGAAGUACUACAACAAGCAGCUUUGCCAGCGGAAAGAAGAGGGAUACAGGACAUCAUUUAUAGAUCUUUGGGGUCUCAUGAUUGAGUACUUACUAAAUGAUGGGAAAGACCCCCACAAGCUUUCAGAGCAGCAAGAAGCACUGUGUGAUGGCCAGAACCCACUGCCCAUCUAUGUGUCAGUCUGUGUCCGGGACAGUUACAGCACCAAUGAUUUCAAAGAGUGGGUGGAGUUCACUCCCUACGAGGUGGGACUGCUGAAGUACGGCGCGUUUGUUCGCACAGAGCAUUUCGGGAGUGAGUUCUUCAUGGGCCGCUUGUUAAAAAAGCUCCCUGAAUCCCGCAUCUGCUACCUUCAAGGUAUGUGGAGCAGUAUAUUUUCUGUGAACCUUUUACAAAUAUGGGGACUGUCCCACAGUUCAGAGGACUUCUGGAAGAGAUGGACACAAGACAGAAUAGAUGAAGUUGAUGAAGACCCGGUGCUGCCCACGAGACCCCACGAGCUGAGGACUCGCAUGUACACCCCCCCUGGCCCCCUGUCCAACGCCCUUCGGGGAGCACUGACCGACCGCUUCUCCGUCGCCCAGCACCACAAUUUCCUGAAGGGCUACCAGCUGCAUAACAACUACAUGGAGAAUGAGCACUUCUGCCGGUGGAAAGACACUGUGUUAGACUCACGUCCCAACCAGCUGAUGCAAAAUCCUGAUCAGAUGGGCAUGAUAGAUGCGGGAUUUUUCAUCAAUACCAGCAGUGCACCACUCUUAAGGCCACAGAGGGAGGUGGAUGUCAUCAUAUAUCUAAGUUAUACUACUGGAUCACAUACAUCGUCUCUAGAUAAGGCAUGCAAAUACUACUCAGAGCAGAAAAUCCCAUUCCCAACGAUUUCUUUGACUGAUGAAGAUAAGAAAAAUCUGAAGGAGUGCUACAUCUUCCAAGAUUCAGAUUUGCCAGGAUGUCCGAUUGUGAUUUUUCUUCCCCUUGUGAAUGAUACCUUCCAAGAGUACAAAGCACCUGGGGUCAAGCGCUGUUGCUCAGAGAUGGAGGGAGGCCAGCUUGAUUUGACCAGCUCCUGUUCCCCCUACUGCAUGUUUUCUGUCAGAUACACUGAUGAGAACUACCGCAAGCUGCUGAAUCUCAGCGAGUACAACAUCCUCAACAACUCUGAGAUGAUUAUGCAGGCCUUGCAGACAGCGAUGCAAAGGAGAAGGCAGAAAAUGUGCUGAUUCUGUUUUGUUGUAACUGCUUACUGUCACACAGAAGCUAAAUUCAAUUUAUGCACUGUUGCUGUAUCUUAUUGCCGAGCCUUCUUUUUCCAGGAGCUGAUCACUCAAACCUUUCAACAAGGAGACGGAACUAUGCAGCUGAAUCCUGAUGGGAAGCAGUGGACUUCUCUUACAAAGAUAGAAUCCUCUCUGUGUUACUUACUGACUGUAAGAGUCAUAAGAGCAAGAAAUAUCCACCAGGCAGAUGUCUUGAGCCAUACUGAUUGCUACGUGAGCCUGUGGCUGCCAACUGCUUCAAAUGACAAAUUUCAGACUAAAGCCAUUAAGAAUUGCAAAGAUCCAGUCUGGAAUGAAACCUUCUACUUCAGGAUCCAAAGUCAGGUCAAGAACGUGCUGGAGCUGGCACUCUAUGAUAAGGACGUGGUUACUCGGGAUGACCACCUCUUCACAGUGUACUUUGACAUAGCCAAACUUUCCCUGGGAGAGGAAGUCUUCAUGCACUUCAAGUGUGAUUCUCAGAGAAAAGAGGAGUUGGAGGUGGGAUUUGCCUUGGAUAAUAUUUCAGGCCCUCCUGAAACCAUCAUUACUAAUGGAGUGCUAGUGUCUCGCAAAAUCUGCUGCUUGGAAGUUCAAGUGGUUGAGAAAAAGAAGAAAAAGGAUAAGAAAUCAAAAAAAGAAUUUUCCUUGAAAGUGCAAGGCUCUUACGAAGGCACCCAGGACAUUGUGCUGGGAUCUAAUCUGGUCUUCACCUCCUCCUCUCCUGCCAAAUUUCACUAUGCCAGAUACAAGCAGCCAACGCUGGAUGUUACACUACCAGGGAAAAAACGACCUCCCUCCUCACACUCAAGUGUGUAUGAUACAGGCUCUCCAAAUGUGGAACUUCAUUCUAUUCCAAGUGGAAAAAACAUGAUCUUAGCAGAGGAUAAAAGAUUCGAUUUAUAUGCAAAGGCAGAAGACUGCCCAGAUCACCUUGAUGUGCGUUUAGGAUUUGACCUCUGCAUACAGGAGCAAGACUUUCUCUGCAAAAGGAAGAAUUAUGUUAUUCCUGCUCUGAAGAAGGUUCUACAGCUGGAACAGGAUCUGCUGGACCAUGAGACCCCGGUGGUGGCUGUCAUGACCACGGGAGGAGGGAUGAGAUCCUUGACCGCACUCUAUGGCAGCCUGAGGGGGCUCAAGAAGCUCAAUGUCUUGGACUGUGCCACCUACCUGACCGGCUUGUCUGGUACUACAUGGACCAUGUCAAACUUGUACAGAGAUGCUGACUGGUCACAAAAGGAUCUCGACAAGCAAAUCAGUGAGGCUCGAAAACAUAUGACAAAAUGCAAAAUAAAUUCCUUUUCCUUGGAAUAUUUGAAGUAUUACAAAAAGCAACUGUGCCAACGGAAGAGAGAGGGCCGCAAAACGUCUUUUAUAGAUCUCUGGGGGCUUGUCCUGGAAUCUUUUUUGCACGAUGGGAAAGACAACCACAGACUAUCUGAUCAGCAGCAGGCCAUUGAUCGUGGUCAGAACCCACUUCCUAUCUACACUGCAGUCAAUGUCAAGAACAACUACAGCACUCUGGAUUUCAAAGAAUGGGUGGAGUUCACCCCCUAUGAGGUGGGAUUGCAAAAAUACGGAGUUUUUGUUCGCACUGAGGAUUUUGGCAGUGAAUUCUUCAUGGGACAAUUGAUGAAGAAGGUCCCUGAAUCCAGGAUCUGCUUCUUGGAAGGCAUUUGGAGUAGUUUAUUUUCAUUCAAUGUGUUAUAUAUCUGGAAUUUGUCCCAUUCAUCAGAAGAUUUCUGGCACAGGUGGACCCGGGACCAAAUUGACAAUAUAGAGGAGGACCCCCCGCUGCCCGUGAAGCCGCAGGAGCUGCGGACGCGGCUGUUCACGCCGCCCGGGCCCCUGGGCAGCGCCCUGCGCGCUGCCCUCACCGACCGCGCCUGCAUCGCCCAGGAGCACAACUUCCUCAAGGGCUUCCAGAUGCACAGUGACUACCUGGAGAACGCACACUUCCGCAGAUGGAAAGAUACCGUGUUGGACACAUUUCCCAACCAGCUGACACCGUCAGAUGAAUUCCUGUCUCUGGUAGAUACUGGAUUUUUCAUCAAUACAAGCAUCAUGCCACUUUUAAAACCAGAGAGAAAGGUGGAUGUCAUCCUGCAUUUAAAUUACAGUGCAGGAUCCCAGAUACAGGCUUUGGACCAGACCUGCAAGUACUGCUCUGAGCAGGGAAUCGUUUUUCCCAGGGUAGACUUGAGUGAAGAAGACAGGAAAAACCUGAAGGAGUGUUACCUCUUUGAUGGUGCUGAGACUCCAGGAGCACCAGUACUGCUAUUUUUCCCACUAGUUAAUGAUACCUUCCAAAAAUACAAAGCACCAGGCCAGAAGCGCUCAGAGUCAGAGAUGGAAGAUGGCAAAGUUGAUCUCUACGGCUGCUGCUCCCCGUAUUCAACAUACUCCCUUCAAUACACGGAGAAGGCGUAUGACCGCCUGGUGCAGCUGGGGGAAUACAACAUCCUCAAUAAUGAAGACCUCAUUAUACAGGCCUUGCGCACAGCAGUGGCACGGAAAAGGCAGAUAGAGAAAUAAUGUCAGAGAAGAGAGGGUGCUUUGAAGGCCGUUAACCUGC